AUGAGGCCGAUGCAGAUGGAUUACUUCGUGAAGAUGGAAGAGCAAGGCUCGACGAUGGCGAUGGACGUCGAUGACGUUGACCCGCUCGAAAUGUUCAGCGAAGCUCCCUCCCAUCGUCUCGAAGUGAGGCCAUCUCUAGCAAGCUAG